AGAAUCAACUCGAGGUUUAAAAGUAGUUGAAAAAGCUGGUUAUAGCAUCUCAGCAAAAGUAGGUGUGCCAGAAGUUCCAGCAUUACUGAAAUCUGAAACAGAAGAUAUACCUAGCUCUGUUACUGAAGAACUUGCGGAUAACGAAUCGAAAUUAAUAGAAUCUGGUCCGAAUGAGAAGGCUACACAAGUUGCCGUGUAA